GGCUACUGAGUCAGUAAAAAACCCGGAGUAAAGUUAAAAUGAGUCUUCAUCUUGUGCUACUGCUCUUGUCUGCAAUACUUCAUCAAUGUGCCCUUGCUGCUCCUUUCCAUGAAGAAUGGCUACUCUGGAAGGAAAAGCAUGGUAAGGUUUACCCUCACGGAGAAGAGGAAAGCAAGAGACUUAAUAUCUGGCUGGAGAACAAGAACUACAUUGAAGAGCAUAAUCAGAAAGCACAUGUUCAUGGUUUCACUUUAAAGAUGAAUCACUUUGGAGACUUGACAAUUGAGGAAUAUCGCCAGUCACGCUAUGCUACUUGCUAUCAUUCACCGGAUGAUGAUAUUCUCUCUUUGCCCCAUAAUGCCACUGUGAAAAUGUACAGUAGACCUGAUGAUCCUAAUCUGCCCGAGGAAGUUGACUGGAGGACAAAGAAUGCUGUUACUGGUGUUAAAGAUCAGGGUCAGUGUGGUAGCUGCUAUGCUUUCAGUGCCGUCGGUGCUUUAGAAGGCGCUCAAGCACUUGCUCAUGAUAAAUUAGUACAUCUAAGUGAACAAAAUAUAGUAGACUGCUCAAUUCCUUAUGGUAACAAAGGAUGCAACGGUGGAAAUAUGUACGAGUCAUUUCGCUAUAUUAUAGACAAUGAUGGAAUUGAUAGAGAAGACGGUUACAAGUACACUGGAAGACAAGGGCAGUGUAAAUUUGAUCGUAAGGCAAUAGGAGGAAGACAAGUAGGAAUCAUUCAUAUUCCAACUGGAAGUGAAGCAGAACUCCAGUCAGCUUUAGCUACCGCUGGCCCUGUUUCUGUUGCCAUUGAUGGAAGCUCUAAUGCAUUUAGAUUUUAUGAGAAAGGAGUCUUUGAUGAACCCAAUUGCUCUACCACUAAGCUGACUCAUGCUGGACUCAUCAUUGGCUAUGGAAAAAAGAAAGGGAAGCCAUAUUGGCUUGUUAAGAACAGCUGGGGUCCACACUGGGGGAUGAAAGGGUACAUAAUGAUGGCAAGAAACAAGGCAAAUCAGUGCGGGAUUGCUACAGCUGCUUCUUUUCCAACACUCUAAUGACAUUAAACAUUAACACGCAUGACAUAUACAAGCAUGCAAAUGUACAGUGUUAUAAUGUAUAAUAGAUCUACAUUGAAAUGUGAAUAAAAUAAUUGAUUGACCUAGCACAGGACUUGUUAUUUAACAGUAUCAUAUGACAU